AUGUCUAGAGCUCCUAGCAUUAGUAUUCAGGGGAGCUGGCUUCCUUGGUCCAGUCAAGCAGACGAUCAGAAAAGUGCGGGACAGUCGAAAGGUACUUCUCCAGUACCUAGUGGACCAAGUAGCGAAGCAAAUACUGUAGAUGGUGCUGUAGCGACACCACCAGAAGGCAACACUAAUUCUGUAAACAAUGUAGGUGCUUUCAGACGGGAGUCGAUGACAUUCGCUUCACUUUCAAGCAAUACUUGGCUUGGAAGCUGGAACAAGAGCCGUUCGGGAUCAGAUGCUGUCUUUGGCAAAAUGGACGAUAAGGAUAAAGAAGGAGGAAGUGAAGAAGCCAUAUAUGACGAAGAAGAUAACGACAAUGGUACUGUAGAUGAAGAGUAUGAAGAUCCUGACAAGGGUAAUGUGAUUGACGAUCAUGUAACAUCUAAGAAAUCAUCAUGGGGGUUCUGGAACGGUGGGAACGCUGCCAGCACAACUACGGUAAAUAACGAGAAUGACAACGGCAAUGGUAACAACAACAAUAACAGCAACAAGGCACCUAGUAAAAAGGAGUCAUUCACAAAUACGAUUAUACCUUCGAACCAUUCAAUCACAUCUAACCCGAAGAAAGAAGCCACCAAUGCGGAUGACGAUGCUGUACUUUACAAACCCCACACUGAUGCCAAAGAGUUCCAAGAAAUAAAUACUCAUAAGAACGAAAACUUGAAAGAGAACGUUAUAGUGCCUAAUUGGGAUCUGUGCUUACCAUUUCAAUCACAGGCUUCGUCGAAUGCAUCCAACAUAGCGAACUCUCUCUUUGGGAGUUCAUCCACUAGUAACAAUAAUACCAGCAAUCUCAAUCUUAACUCCAAUAAGUUGGACUUAAAGAAUUGGAGGCACUUUUUGAGUCAACUUUCAAGUAAGUUGGGAUUCAGCCUGCAGUCAUUGACAAGCGUCGUGGAAGAUACAUCAUCUAGCGAAAAUGAUCCGGCUGCUGGGAAAACGGGGGAGGAUUCAAUAGUGGAGAAAGAACUUAACUUGUUAUAUGAAAAAACUUACAAGUUAUACGGUAGAUCCUUAUCUAAGUUACCGGAGCAUAAAAAGGCUUGCUUGCCCAAUUAUAAUAAAUAUUAUACGGAGGAUGAUCAAACUCGUGAAGAAUCAACUGCUCACAAAUCAUCUUCAGAACAUGAUGAUCAGAAUGACGAUGAUGAUAUUUCAAUAAGUAACGAUCCAAUGGGUAAUCUUUUGAUCAACCAUGGUAAACCCUCGCGUAAUACCUCGACUUCUGUACAUGCAACUAAAAGUGGUCCUUUGGUGAAGAUAAAGAAAAUCUUGAUCAUCGGGGUACAUGGAUUUUUCCCCACAAAGAUGGUAAGGCCAUUCAUUGGUUCACCGAAGGGAACUUCUUUGAAAUUUGCUAAUGAAGCUGAAAAGGGAAUUAUUAGAUAUUGUAUUGAAAAUAAUCUCAUUUCUUCCACUGAAUCAAAUGUUAGUAUUCAAAAGAUCGCUCUUGAAAUGGAAGGAAAAAUCUUUGAUAGAGUUGGAUUCUUCACCAAGAUCAUGAAGAAAUGGUCUGCUGAACUCAAUGAUGCAGACUUUAUCUUUUUCGCAUCUCAUUCUCAAGGCUGUGUGGUUAGUAUUAUCCUAUUAGCUAGAUUAAUGACAUUGGGAAUUUUGAAAGACCCAACUAGGAAGAGAAUCGGAGUCUUAGGAAUGGCUGGGAUUAAUAAUGGGCCAUUUUAUGGGAUUGAUAAAUCAUUAUUUAUGAAAGCCUAUUCAGCAAUUGAAAAUGAAUCUAUGCUGGAAUUAUUUGAAUUAAAUAAAUUCACAAGUAAGCAAUCAUUGGCGUAUAAGGAACUGAUCCAAAUAAUUAUCAACGCUAAUGUAAAGAUAUGUUUCAUUGGAAGUGUCAAUGAUCAAUUGGUUCCCCUUUAUUCCGCAUUUGCUAGUCAUGUUUUCCACCCUAACAUCUAUAGAGCUUGUUAUAUUGACCAUGCAUCCCAAACUUCAAGUUUUAUCCAAAAACUAGUUUCAUUAUGCUGUCAAUUGCAAAAUUUAGGGUUUUUCGAUAAUAACGUUAUUAAAGAACUUAGUACAAUUUUAGCAGGUCCAUUAACUGGAAGUGGACAUUCUAAAAUUUACAAUGAUGGGAAGGUUUAUGAUCUAGGUAUCAAAUUUGUAUUGGAUACUGAUGACAUCGUUAUUCCUCCUCCAAAGGCAUUUGAUACAGAAGCUAGAGAGACGAUGGAAGCAACUUCGUCGCUAAUUGGCUCGUAUGAUGGUGUACAGUCUCAUCCGGUAAAGCUGUUACAACAAAAUGGCGAAGAUGAUGGUGGACUUGUUACUAGCGGAUUGGGAACAUAUGGCCCAGUCAUUGAAGAGGACGAAAAGAAACUCAUACUACCAAUUACCAACCAGAUAUACAUAAAGGAAUAUAACGUUGGGAAAAUAGGCACCAAUCCAUUUAUUCUUCCAUGGUGCUUCAGAGGAUUACUUUUUAACAUAGAGAAGAACUGGCCCAACAAUAAUAAACUUUUGUCAGUGCAGGCGGGUAGUGAUAUGGGCAAGAAUGGAUACGAUGAAAUUAACGAAUUGUAUGAACUAUUUGAGAAUUGGAAACCCGAGACUAAGCUUUAUAAAGACCUCAAGUAUAGAUUAAAUGGAAUUAGAGCUAGCAAAUUAUGA